CCAUUUUCGCUGGGACGUGUUUGCGAUCGAGAUCCUGGAGAACGCAAAAAGUAAAAGGCCACUUUCUGAUGGGUCCCUGAACAACGGAGUAUGUACAACAGAGGAAGAUCAUUAUGCAGCGUCUAGGGCUCGUCCUCUUCUCACGACAUCCUCGUUGAGCGUAAUUCCUUUUUCCUACGACAAUAAGCCCAAAAUCUUCCC